AUGGAAACGAGAGAGGCGUCGCCCGCUCAUUUGUUGAUCAAAAUUCAAUCUUUUUCCUUGCUUGAGAAGCAUGGGAUCAAGAAAUUCGAGACCACCGAAUUUGAGUCCGGGGGAUACAAGUGGAAGCUUAUAAUUUACCCAAGUGGAAAGGAAAGAGACGAAGGCUACGUUUCGGUAGACUUAGCCAUUCAGAAUGUCCGCAGCAUGCCUGCGGCCUGGGAGGUGAAUGCAGUCUUCACGAUAUGCCUGUUUAAUCAGAUUAUCGGAACAUAUAGCUAUUCACUAGGAAGAAGUCGGCGUUUUCUUGCAACAAAGACAGAAUGGGGCUUCUCUAAGUUCAUUUCCAAGAAAGAACUUAACAAUCCUCACAAUGGAUACCUCAGCCAAGACGGCAAUUGUGUGUUUGGUGCUGAAGUUUUUGUAAACGAAAACAAAGCAGUCAUUGAUUCUCUGUAUGCUUUUAAGAAUAUUUUUGCUACUCCCUACAAGAAAGAAUGGACGAUUACAAACUUUUCUAAAUUGGAGAGUAAAUGGGAUUCGCCAGAGUUCUCUUUCGGAGGCCGUAUAUGGCAAAUUAACUUGUAUAGAAGUGGACAUGGAGAAGCUAGCGGACGCUACCUAUCUAUCUACUUACGGUAUAUUCCAAGAAAUAAUAACAAUGAACGAUUGCACGCGCUCGUUAAAAUCUGCAUGAAGAAUCAACUUAGCAGUUAUAAACAGAGGAGUUUUGCUUAUUAUCGUUGGUUUUCAGCUGGAAAGCUCGACUGGGGAUGGCCUUCAUUUAUUGAGCUUGCUAAGGUGAAUGAUCCUAAAGAAGGCUUUGUCGUGAACGACUGCUGUAUUAUAGAAGUAGAGAUAUCUGUGCAAGCUAUAGCAAGCUUAGGCUGA